CGCUGAGCUGUGGGAAGUCAUGAUUCACUCCUCCUGCUCCCUCCGCUUAGUUCACUUUAGUUUAGUUACCACCACACGCCCAAAAUACUCUCCAGGCUACUACGACGUGACCGCGCUCCCCACUGACUGGCUGGCUAGCAUGGACAGACUGCUUUUCUCCACCACCACCAUGCAUUUCUGCUGUUACCUAUGGGGAAUAUCUGCUCUGGCCCACUGAGAGAAAGGGUUUACUAGGCCUAGGGUGCAUUUAACUGGAGUCACUGACCCUGACAUGGACUAAAGAGAGACAUUACGCCAUUGCUCUGUAAAGGUUUCUGAGGACGUGAGCAGGAUGUCUGCGGAUGAGGGGGCUCAUGCCCACGUCAGGUCCGGGGAUGCUCCCAUGUACGUGUAUGAGUCGACGGUGCACUGUGCCAACGUGCUGCUGAGUCUGGAGGACCAGCGGCGGCAGGACAUCCUGUGUGAUGUGACGGUGGUGGUGGAGGGGACGGAGAUCAGGGCCCACAGGGCCGUCCUGGCAGCCAGCAGCAGAUACUUCCUACAGGUGCUGCUGGGACACACACACCCCGAGCAGGAGCCAAUCAUCAGCCUGUCUGACAAGGUCACAGCCAGGGGGUUUGCCCCGUUGCUACAGUUUGCCUACACAGCCAAGCUGGUUCUGAGCAAAGAGAACAUCCAUGAGGUGAUCCGCUGUGCUGACUUCCUGGGCGUUCACAACCUAGAGGACUCCUGCUUCCGCUUUCUGCAGGCCCAGCUGCACAGCGACACCGAUGAUCACAACAAUGGCCUUCUCUGCCGCAAGGAGCACACAGUUGACCUCAUCACAGAGAUGGACGGUAGUGGUGGUUCCGCAUCGUCGGAGAAGCUCAGGGUGACGUCAUCCUCAGCGACGAGGCGGCGGCCCAAUCACUCAACCCUCACGUCCCUCACCAGCAGCCUGACCUCUGACCUCCCACGAUGCCCCAAAUACAGGAAGUACCAGCAGGCCUGCGCCAAGCACAGCGGAGAGAAUGACGACGAUGACAGCGUCACCUCAGCCGCCUCGUCACACUGCCAUACCUCAACCUCCCCAGGCCCUCUCUCAGAGACCAGCAGCACCCAUCAAGGGGGACAACCUCACCCCCUCUCCCCCUCCAGAAUCAAAGAGGAACCCCGCUCCUGGGGUGAGGGAGAGGGGAGUCCCCCAGGACUGUCAGAGGAUAGCCAGGAUGUCCUGGAGAUGGAGAUGUGGCCGGAGCCCUCAGAGCGUCCCCCCAGCAGAGGCUCACCAUCCUGCCUGAGCUCCUACCUCCAGAGGGGCCUCCUGGAUCUCAGUAACCCAGACAGCACUCUACCUACCACUCCUCUCACCCAGCAGCUACUGAACAACGAACUCUCAUUAGCCCAUAACAGGGAUAGGGACAGGAACAGGGGGGCAUUUCAAGGUGAGGGUGGAAGGGACCUCAGGGCGGGGUCUGCAGGGACAGUGCAUUUGUCUGUGGAUGGUGUGACUAUGCAACCUCUGCCCUCAGACGGUCUCAGCAAGCAGGAAGUAGAGUUGGAUCGCCGUAGCAGCGUCAUCUUCUCCUCUGGAGUGUGCGACCGCCGAGGAACACCGUCUCAAUCCUACUGCGACCGGAAGUCUCUGGAAAAAGAUCUGUUGGAGAUCACAUCAAAAUCCCUGUGGACAGGUGUUAGUCAGUCCUUCCCCUGCCGCCAGCCUUACUCUCCCCUAUCCUCCUCCACCACCCUCACCACGGUCCUCCAGGACCCCCUGCCGACAGUGGCCUGCCGAGCGCAACCCACGACCAGCUGUCCUCUGCCCAUAAAGAUUUCCCCCCGCUCCCCUCCAUGCGAGCCCCGCACACGCACCUCCAGCUCCUGCUCAUCUUUCUCUUACCUGGAGGACGUGGGCAGCGGGGACUCGCCCUCCAACAUGCCCCAGUUUGAGUUCUCCUCCUCCCCAUGCUCUGUGUCGGGCUCUGGCCUGGCUCGCUGUUUGGUGGGGGAGCAGAGGGAGCACGGUGGGAUGGUGGUGGGGGAAGCCAUCUUCUCUCAGGGCCGUGCCAAGAUCAAGUGUGAACGUUCGUACGGGGCCAACUCCAGUGAUGAAUCUGGGUCCUUCUCAGAGGGAGACAGUGAGUCCGGCCCUGCCAGAGAGCCAGGCCCUGAGGUCAAACUUCCAUUCCCGGUGGAUCAGAUCACCAACCUUCCCCGUAAUGACUUCCAGAUCAUGAUAAAGAUGCACAAACUGACCUCAGAGCAGCUGGAGUUCAUUCACGACAUCCGGCGGCGCAGUAAGAAUCGCAUCGCCGCCCAGCGCUGCCGCAAGAGGAAGCUAGACUGCAUCCAGAACCUGGAGGUGGAGAUACGCAAAUUGGUGCAUGAGAAGGAGAAGCUACUGAGUGAGAGGAACCAGCUGAAGGUGUGUAUGGGUGAGCUGUGGCAGAACCUCUCCUACCUGUCCCAGGCUGUGUCCCAGGAGGUGUGCAGGGAGGUGCAGGGGAACCCCGAGAAGACCAAAGCCCUGCUCCCUACACAUAGGCCCAGCGAUCCCACCGCUGCCACCAACAGCAUCUCCAUCAUGGCCAGCAUCGACCUCACUUCCAACCCAAGCUCCCCAACCUCAGAGGGCAGCCUGGCCAAGUCACCCUGCUCCUAUGAAAGCCCUGUGGAGAGAGAUGUUGGCUCUGGGCAGAGGCUUAGGAGGGGGCAGGGCGGUGUGGAGACAGAGGUGUCUGUCCUGGGGCAGGAGGACCCGGAGUCUUCCCUAGAGCCUGGAGCAUCUCCGGGUGUGUGUAGCCCCACUGUUUCGGUGGAUUUCUGUCAAGAGAUGACUGAGAAAUGCACGACAGAAGAACAGCCCGGACAGGCCUGUACCUAGCUAGCAACGACUGAAUAGCUAGCAACCAUUAGUGUUUUUAUUGUUAUUAUGACACACAUCUCUACCUUGAUAUGUAUAAAAUUUGAAAUACAUUUGUUAUGCGUGUUUUUUAAAGGAUGACACUACAGUUGUCUUAUCAGCAAUACUGUUAAAACAGGUAUUUGGAGUUAUCAAACUCCUUAAGACAUAGCACUGGCAGCUUCCCCCUCUCUCUUUAUCUCUCCACCCAGCUAGCACAUUUAAUUCCUUGGAAGUUGUGGCAAUGUAUGUUUUUGGUUUCACAUUCAUUGUGGGAACGAAGCCAUACGUUUCCUGACUGGUAAAACUUAACGUUUUUUAAAUGAGAAUAGAAGGGAACAUUUUGCCUGUUCUGGGAAUGUUUAUUUUUAGGUUGCAGGGAAGUUAUGAUAACGUCUUACUAUGGUUCCUAGAACGUUUUCCUGGGAAAUUUUAUUAACGCUCUGAGAGCAGAAAUUAUAGGUUAUUUGGAGGUUUUUGAAUGACUUCCUUAAAACUUUCAUUAAGAUGUUUAAUAACACUGCUAGCUUAUUUUGUGUUAACUUUUUUGAACUCCAAGCACAGAUAAGAGACAUGGAAAUGUAUUUCCUUAGGCAUUAAUCAUGCAAACGCAAUUAUAUUUUAUUGUGACACGGCAUCAGUGAGAUUCAAACCUUCAGUCUUCUGUUCUCUAUGCAGUGGACUAAUUCGUCCACUGCACCACCAGGAUGGAGCAAGCAUGCCAUGUUUUUUACGCAUUCAAAACUGUUCAUUUUUGUCUAUUCAAACAGACCCCAUUUCAAGGAAAACAAGCACUCAUUAAGAUCAGGUGUGGCCGAUAAGUGGGUGGGGUUAACACACCUGAACAAGCUUAACAAGAUAGAGGAUAGAGAGAGUUUUGUUGUUGCUGAGAACGGAAUGUAUAUGUUAACAUGUAUAUGUUACUAAAGUUUUCUUGUGAUUUUUAUGGAAAGUUUUUUCACCUUCUGAGAAUGGAAUGUAUGUUUUUAAAUAACAUUCUUAGAACGUUCUCUGAACGUUACUAAAGUUUUCUUGUGUUUUUUUUACGGAAAGUUUUCUUAACGUUCUCUGAACAAUUUGAGAACAUUCCCAAUGUCAAACCAGUUGGAAAAUGUUCCUAGAACAUUACCAAAAUUGGAAUUAAAUGUAACCACGUUGAACUUUUAGGAAACAUUCUCUUAAAAGUAAUGAAAUACCAACAAAAUAACUUAUUGUCAAGUUCCUUAAAUGUGCUGAGAAUGUUCCAAAACCAAGCAACUAUUAUGCACCAUAAUAGUACAAAGUACAUAAUAGUUACAACCUUUGGAAAGGUUGUAAGCAAAAUAACCAUAGGACAACCACACUCUCACCAAGCUCUAAGAAACAUAUGGUUCUCAGAACAUUAUGUGCUAGCUGGGUAUAUAUUUCUCUCUCUCUCUUUCUCUCUCUCUCUCCCUUACUCACUCCCUGGCUCUCAUCAUGGGAGGUUAAACUCAGGAAUUCCUCUGAAUGUUCAAUAAUGUCUCUGUAAAAAGCUAUUUCAUUACAAAUUGUACAUCUGAAGAGUUCUUCUGUACAGCUGAGAGUAGAAUUAACUCUCAUAUGCAAAGUUUCCUUCAGUUCUUAUUUCUCACUUUCUUUUCCCUGCAUACGUGUUUUUUAUGAACAUUCCUCUUUUGCCUGUGACACACAGUAGCAUCUUUUGUGAAAGAAAGAAUGAAAGAAAGAAAGAAAUGCAGGAAUCAACAUACCGUAGGUAAAGAUGGAAAUGGAAAUAGAUGAAAAUGACCUGCACCAUUCAGCACCUCAAAGAGGUAACAUAUCCCUACCAAAUGCAUUGAAAUUGGCACUUAGAAAUGAAAACUCCCAAGCCAAGUACUUACUUAACUUAUAUUCAACAAAUAUUAAUGGUGUCAAAGACUAUCAUACUUGUCUGAAACAUAUUGCGCUUUUAGGGGUAGAAAUGUCCCACAUGUAGUGAAAAUGCAGUAUUUCGUCCUGAGGUAUUUCCACGUACAUUUAGUGUAAAUCAGAUGUAUUAAAGUAUUGGGACAUAAGUGGAAGGCACCACAUAUUCCUUGUUUGAUAAUCCAUAUAAAUUCUUAGAUAUAAGAGUGCAAUUUAUCCUCUAAACUUGUCCAGUAUUCCUAAUGGUGUAUUAUCAAGUGAAAUGUUAAAAAACGAAUUCAAAGAGAUGCUUAGAUAGUUGUUGAUCCAUGGUAAUGCCAAAUGAUUCCAUUGUGGAAGAUAGUUCUGUAGCAUGUGUCAGGGUUAGCUUAGUGGUUUCUUUGUUGAUUUCUCUAGGAACUUUCAAAUGUCACAUUCGGGGAACCUCAUUGACAUCUGUUAGUUUUCCUCACAGUACAAAGUACAAAUGACAGAGCUCCACAGAAUGUACUGUUACUCUAACUACAUUGAAUAUACUUAGCACCCCAUUUUGAUAUUUUUGAAUUUAGAAAAAGAAAUAUGAACAUGUUGUUAAAUUAAUUCAUUUUAACAAUGUUUCCUAUGAGGAUUAUUUGUUGGUACAAAUGUAAACUUCCUAAUAUUGAUUCUAGUGAUUUGUAAUGGUUGUUGUUUUUACUGACAAUUUGGAUGAAAGAGAAGUCUUUAGCGUGUUGUAUAAUUCACAAUGUCCUUAUUUAGUACAAAUGAAGCGAUGGUUUAAAAGAGGUGAAAGUGUUUACAAAUGUCUUUGUUACAUGUUUUCGUUUUUUAAGGAUUUUUCCAUGACAAGAGACUUUGUGUAAUUGGUUCGAUAAGUUCGAUUUUUUUUAAAAACUGUUUUUAAAAUGGAACAUAAAAUUGUACGUGGAUGAUGUGUUCACACAAGAUUUUAAAAGUACAUGUUUGACAAAUGCAGCUCCAAGUCUUGCCUUAGAGGUUUCAGAGGCCAAACUCAUACGGAAGGGCCCGGAAGAUGUCAAGAUAAAACCAUACUGUAGGAAACUAACAUUCUGUCCGUACCAUGAAAAAUGAUUGAUUUGAGUGCAAACAAAUCGUUUACUUGUUGGGGAAAAACAUAAUUGCAUUUUUUCUUUUAAUGUACAUUAACAAUGUUAUUUUUUUCCACAGUAAAGGUUUGAUUGAAUCCCAACACUGGGAAUCCCAUCCCAGUGUAUGCGGAGGUCAUGCCUCGUUGGAACAUCAUGGACUCUCACACUUAUCUACCUGUAAAAUUCGGCAUACCUCUCGUUUUGGGUCUAGGACUGUAUUGUAGGAAUAAGUUGUAUGUGGUGUUGUUUCUAUUUUUACACACACAGUGGUUAUUAUUGUAUUUGUAGAUUUCUGGUGAUCCAUUUUUUUAUGUGUAAUUUGAGUAAACUGCAAAACUGCAGAUUCAGCUGUUUCCCUUUUCCCAUUUUAUCUUUGAAUGUUCAAAUUGCCUGAGUUUGCUAUUGUAAAUAGGGUGUAACUGUGUUUUUUGUUCAUUUGAUAUCCAAGUGUUUUGGAAGAAGAAACAAUGUUUUGUAAAGACAACAUUUCUGUUUAUGGAUUAAAACAAAUAGCAUGUGUCAA